AUGUACGUCGAUCUUGAGAGCGUUCCUAAUCUUCUUGUAGCUAUCCAACAGCUCACAAAGGGUCUGCAAAGAGCUCUGCUCUACCGGGAAAAACAUCCCUUCACACCAGACAUAUUUCCCCAGGAAUGGCCAUCAAUGUUUGUUUACUACGAGGACGGGAGAACAGAUUGCCAGCCGUGCACGACAGCAUGCCAGUACCACUCAGCGGCAGUCGACCGCACCACAAAGUGCUGGAUGUGUUGCGGAAAGCAUGUCUCUGAGGCCACGCCAUGUAGCAGUUCCCUUGUUCAUGUGAUGCGCGAAUACCGACCAGGUGAGCUCGAUCGCUUGCAUCAGCUCCAGGAGACUCCUCAUUUUCACCCGAAUCGUGCUACGACUGUCAAAUUUGCCGUCGCGAUCGAUUGUGAGAUGGGCACAGCUAGGAAUGGAGACUCAGAGCUUAUUCGUUUAAGCGCUGUCGAUUACUUGACUGGGGAAGUACUCAUCAAUAACCUAGUCAAGCCGGAUCAGCCAAUGCUACAUCUCAAUACUAAGUGGUCGGGCGUUACUUUCGACCAAUUAAAUGAAGCCGUGAGAAAAAAGACUACGUUGAAAGGGAAGGCUGGGGCAAGGAAGCAGCUGUGGAAGUUCGUGGGGCCAGACACGUUCCUGGUUGGACAUAGCGUUCACAAUGAUCUGAAAGCAUUGAAGUGGAUACAUACACGGGUUGUAGACUCCUACGUGGUAGAGAACAAAGUCAUCCAGGAGAAGAAGGCAAUCGAAGCAAGGGAGAAGGAAGUCAAUGGAGCGGCGGCGGAAAAGAUGGAGGAACGUCUUCUAGAGAGUACAGAGCUAGCGGACAAUCACCAGUCUGCCCUACCGACCGAUAAUCAGAUGAUGGAGAACCCAACUACCGUCACUAAUGGUGAACCCAAGAAGAGAAAGACCAAGGGCACAGGCGAUUUGGCGUUGAAGACACUGCUGAAGAAGUACCUUGACACUGAUAUCCAGAAUAGAGGCAAUAAAGGUCAUGAUAGCUUGGAAGAUGCGACUGCAGCGAGGGAUCUGGUGCAUUGGAUGGUUAUGCGUAGACUCCAGGAGAAUUAUAGCGGGAUGGUUUAG